AUCCCUAGAGCUCCUAAUAUUCCUCUACAAAGGAGUCUGCAGAGACCGAGAAAGAGAGAAGGGCAAAGAGAAAAGAGAUUAGCACAAUCACUGCAGAGAACAGACUGUACCUUUAAGAGAGAGAGAGGGAGAGAGAGAGGAGAACAACAAAACCAUGCUAAUCUAUCACUGACUGUUUUUUUUCAUCUUGCUUAUUGCAAGCUGUGUGUUUAGUAAAAGCUCCUUGCAGCUUCUCCAACACUUGUAAACCAGCUCAAUUGCACGGCGCCGAGCAAGGACGUACACACAUGCACACACGACCGCACACGCUCGUUCUCCCCGAGUUGCGCGCACACACACACAUCACCUCACACGCGUACGGCGCGAGAACCAGCUGGAGAAAGCCCAUCUCGUGCGCUCAGAGAGAGAGGGAGAGGAACAGAAGACAGGAGCGAGAGAGCGAGACAAAGGAAGGCAGGGACGGAAGGAGAAAAGGAGCGAAUAGAAGCGCAGCCGGCUCCGGGAGAGGCUAACGACACGGAGUGAAGACAAGAGAGAGGAGGAGGACCAGGAGGGUGGAUCAGGAAGCAGGCUGGUGGCUCUCUCUUGUAGGCAGCGGAGCACGGUGAAGGCAUUAUGGGAAAUGCACCAUCCCAAGCCAUCACUGCUGGAAAGAGAGAUAGAGAGAGAGAGCACACGGCAGCGCGACCAGAAUACAAAGCAGGCCGAGAUGAUGUGGAAGGCUUGGAACAUCACAAGGCCAGUGUUGGGGCCUGCUUUCCGAAGCAAGACCCGGAGCGUGGCGGAGGUCACAUGAUCUCCACCGAUGACCUGGAGUACCCGCGUGAAUAUCGCACGCUGGGAAACAGCACGCGACGCUUCUCCAACGUGGGGCUGGUCCACACCUCCGAGCACCGGCACACGGUCAUCGCCGCCCAAAGCCUCGAGGCCCUCACCAACCUGCACAAGGCUGACAUGGAACGCAAGCGGGAUGCCUUCAUGGACCACCUAAAGAACAAGUACCCUCCCCAGCACUCCCUACCACCCUCUCCAUCACCCUCGCACGGCAGCAUGAGGGGCACCGCAGAAAGAAACGCACGUGAACAGCAACAGCCAAACUACUGGAGCUUUAAGAGCCGUAGUCCGCGUCACUCCCAGUCCACUCAAUCAGGUUUGGCAGACCAGGCGUCUAAACUGUCCUUCGCAUCUGCUGAGUCUCUGGAGACCAUGUCUGAGGCCGACAUGCCGCUGGGCUUCAACCGCAUGAACCGUUUCCGUCAGAGCCUCCCACUCUCCCGCUCUGCAAGCCAGAAUAAACUACGCUCUCCAGGUGUCCUUUUCCUACAGUUUGGAGAUGAGACCAGGCGCGUUCAUAUCACCCACGAGCUCAACAGUUUGGAGACCUUGCACGCACUCAUCGUGCACAUGUUCCCUCAGAAGCUGACAGCGGGAAUGCUAAAGUCCCCGAACACGGCCAUCUUGAUCAAAGACGAAGCGAGGAACGUCUUCUACGAGCUGGAGGAUGUGAGGGACAUCCAGGACCGCAGUAUCAUUAAAAUCUAUCGCAAAGAGCCCAUCUAUGCCUCCUAUCCUGCAGCACAUCUGGCCAACGGAGACCUCAGGAGAGAGAUGGUUUACUCUUCCCGAGACUCGUCACCUACCCGUCGCCUCAACACUCUCCCUUCCUCCACUGCCUCGCCCUCCUCCGGCUCCCCUUCCCGAUCCCGUCUCUCCUAUAGUGGAGGUCGGCCCCCCUCUUUUGCUGGUCCGGGUCACCCUCACCAACAGGGUCCCCAGCAUCCAUCCCACUCCCACCACCCUUCUCCGUCUCACGCACAGGCUCAAGGCCUAACCCCUUCCUCCUCGGCCAUCCUGGAGCGGCGUGAUGUCAAACCCGACGAAGAGAUGUCUGGUAAAAGCAUGGUCCUCCUGAAGAACGAAGGUCUUUAUGCUGAUCCCUAUAGCUUGGUGCAUGAGGGUCGACUUAGUAUCGCUUCUACUCAGUCCCUGGCCACCAUCGCCGACCCCUUUGGCUUCCCGGUGUCAGGAGGUCUGUACCGCAGAGGUUCGGUGCGGUCGCUCAGUACAUACUCUGCUGCAGCACUGCAAAGCGAUCUGGAGGACAGCCUGUAUAAGCCUGGAGGUUCUCUAUAUUCUGAUGCCUACAGCAGCUCCACGCUCGGCAUGGGCUUUCGUCUGCCGCCCUCCUCCCCGCAGAAGAUUCCUGAUGUGCAGCUGCGUGACAGGGAUUCGUUCACUGGGUCUCCCAGCCGAGGGUCGCCUGUGAGAACCACCUUCCGCAAAGACUCCGCUUCCUCUUCAGUGUUUGUGGAGAGUCCGAAAUCCAGACCCAGCUCCAGUUCUGAACCCCUAGGAGAUGGGAAGGGACCUGGAUUUGGGUCGUCAUUGUCUGGGGGCGAGACAGACACACGCAGGGAUCGUAUGGAGGCAAUGGAGAAGCAGAUAGCCAGUCUGACUGGACUGGUUCAAAGUGUCCUAACCCGAGCACCAGACAGCGACAGCACAUGCGGCCUGCUGCGUCUCUGCAUGAUGGCGGGCUGCCCUCCGGACCAGGGGGCGGACUUUUCACGGCCCUUCCCUUUCUCUUCCAGCGAGAAGACCGAAUCCACCAGCGACGGCUCCGCCACAGGAACUGGCCGGCUGAAGAAGAAAGCACUGACUCCGUCUGCCCCGCUGGCACUGAUGCCUCCGCCUUCAUCUGGAGGCUCUCAGGCCUCCACCGUCUCCAGGCUACAAAUGCAGCUUCACCUGCACGACCUACAACAGAACGCCACCGAUCUACGCAAGCAGCUCGCACAGCUCCGUAAAAUGCAGUUGCAGAACCAGGACUCCAUACGCAGUCUGCUGAAGAGGACCGAGACGGAGCUGAGUCUGCGUCUAUCAGAUGCGCUGAGGAAACAGGAAGACCCUCUCCAGAGACAGCGCCUCCUAGUGGAAGAAGAGAGACUGAAGUACCUGAACGAGGAGGAACUCAUCAUACAGCAACUGCAUGAUCUGGAAAAGUCAGUGGAGGAAAUCCAAAAGGAGAUGUCUGUCAAUCACCGACAUGUGACAGUGCAGGAGCUGGAGGAGAAAAGCUCGCUGCUGAGGAAACUGGGCGAGACUCUGACAGAACUGAAGAAUCAGUUCCCUGGGCUCCAGAGUAAAAUGCGAGUGGUGUUACGAGUGGAAGUGGAAGCUGUGAAAUUCCUGAAAGAGGAGCCACACAGACUGGAUGCCCUGCUUAAACGCUGCAAAUCUAUCACAGACACUCUCACCACGCUGAGGAGGCAGGUGAAUGAGGGAGUGUGGAAAACCCAGGAUGAGUAUAGCAGCCCCUCCCCUAAACUCGGAGGAGGGGACGAGUACAGGAAGAACACAGACUUUGACAUUCCAACCAGCCCACCGUUAAACCUCAAUGAGACCAGCCUGGCCAACUGGAGCCCUCACUCUGGUCAAGGCCACAGCCACUCGAACCCUUCUAGCGCACAGCGUGAGAAGGAUUCUCAUGGGGUGGUGGGCUCGUUGAAGGGACGGGAGAUGGGCGAGCUGGGAGGUCGAGGCGUGUCUGAUAAGGCCUCAUCUGUGGAAGUGAGACUGGCAGCAGAGCGGGAUUGGGAAGAGAAGAGGGCCAGUCUGACACAGUACAGCGCUCAGGACAUUAACCGACUAUUGGAGGAGACUCAGGCUGAGCUCAUGAAGGCCAUUCCUGACUUGGACUUUGCCGCCAAGCAGAUCAAACCUGCUCAGAACCAGAAUCAAAACCAAAACCAGAGCCAGAAUCCAUCUAGCACUAAUGCCACACCUGAACACAAGCCUAAUAAACCUCAGAAUAAGCUUUCCAGUAAAGACAGCGGAUCCAGACGAGGCUCGGAUGAACUGACGGUGGCGAGGUAUCGAACGGAGAAGCCCUCAAAAUCUCCCCCUCCUCCACCUCCCCGCCGGAGUUUCCCCUCCUCCCCUGGGCUUACUACUCGCAGCGGAGAGAUGAUCAUUCCUGGAAAGAGUAUAAAGAAGUCCGAAUCAGAGGAGACUGAGUUUCAGAAGCCACACGUUAAGCUGAGGAGGAGUAUAUCUGAAGCCCCCCGACCGGCCUCUACCCCUCCAACCAUAGCUGGUGGAGAGCGAGAGGAGGGUGAUGAGGAAAAGCUAGCAGCUGAGCUAGAGCUCUUUGAGCGACAUCUGACUCUCCCCCUGCCCUCUCCCAGGAAAUAUCCACCUCCCUCUAGUUUACAGCUGUUGCCCCAUGUUUUCUCAGCUGGACAGUUGAUCGCAUCUAAGGGUGGUGAUGAUCGCUCCAGUGAUUUUACAGAGAAACCCUCGACGCGGCACGGGACGUCCUCCACUCCAGUUCCCCAGAUAGUCCUAACUGAGUGUAACUCUCUUCCCACGUCCCCUUCUGAGGACUCAGCGGAGACUCGACCGUCUGACAGCGCGCAGACAAUUAAAGACAAUAACACUGGAAACGACACCAGAGUAAGUUACUUCAGCCACAUUGUGAGGACUCCCCGUCUGUCGCUAUGGAAACAAGACUUGUCAGCCAGCCAAAAAGUCCCUCGAAUACAAGACUUGGAUGCAGCCCAGAGGGAGCUCCAGAGUCCCGUCCAGGAUGUGACCCAGUCGUGCCCGCCCUUAACAAGUGAGAGGGCAAUUAAACAGCCCCUGAGGAGGGAGCCAAGGGUUCAGGAGUCUCUUGAGGCGGCGACCGAAAAGAAAGAAGUUCGAAUGAGAAAGUCCGACACCGCAUUGUCUGUCUCGCCGCAAAAUGGGCCUGUAGAGACAUCUCAAGUGGGUUUGAUCUGCACUCAAGGCGUCGGAGGGGAAAAGGAAGACAUCUGCCACAGCACAUACCGUCGUCUGGACAGCCUGGAAGAAACCAUACGAGAGCUUGAGCUCAGUCUGAUGGAGUUUAGCACUGAUUCUCAGAUGGGGAACAUCUUCCCAGCGUCAGUCCAGAAGCAGAGUUCCUCCACCAAGAGAUCUGGCAGCACUCGACACACCCCUGCAGACGAAGGAGACGCAAACAAACCAGCUGUCCCACCCAAACCGUCCUGCAUCAGCACAUCCACAGCCAAGACUGGUGGUGGAAAAGCGUUGUCUCGUCUCAAGCACCUGCAGCAGAGUGGUUCAGAAAAGAACAAAACAAGCAAACAGAGAGAGGACUUCCUUAAGAACCAGGGUCAACAGCAGUGAGCAGAAGCGAGCGACCCAAACCAACCUGACCUGACCGAAGCUUGUCCACCUCCUCCUCUGCCGUCUUCACCACCACUUCUUCAUCAGCAUCUCCCGACUGAAGCCCACCUUUACCCAGUUCCUCCUAGUCAAUCUUGUAUAGCUAAAGGCCUGAAGCAUCAUGCAGUUGUCAAUAUUCA